AUGGCCCCGACAACGGAGACCAACGUCCCCGGCGACGAGAAAACUUCCUCCGUUCCCGGCGCCGAAGAUGCGGCUGAAUGGUCUCUCAAACCUCGCGUCGAGGAGUUCCGACAACGCGACGCCCAGUCGGGCUUCCCCAAGAAAGAGCUCGGCAUCACUUGGCAGAACCUCACUGUACAGGCCGUCAGCGCAGAAGCCACCAUCCACGACAACGUCAUCACGCAGUUCAACGCCUUCCAGAUCAUUCAGGAACUGCGCCACAAACAAUCCCUCAAGACGAUCCUCGACAACAGCCAUGGCUGCGUCAAGCCCGGCGAGAUGCUUCUGGUGCUGGGACGUCCCGGGUCUGGCUGCACGACGCUGCUCAACAUCUUGGCGAACCAGCGUCGCGGCUACGCCUCUGUCAGCGGCGAUGUGCACUACGGCUCCAUGGAUGCGAAGCAGGCAGAGCGGUAUCGCGGCCAGAUCAUCCUCAACACCGAGGACGAGCUUUUCUUCCCCUCGUUGACGGUGAGCCAGACGAUGGACUUUGCGACCCGCCUAAAGACGCCGUUUCAGUUGCCCAAGACGGUUGGCUCCAGCGAGGAAUUGCGGACGCAAACUCGUGAUUUCUUGCUGCAAUCGAUGGGUAUCGAGCAUACCGUCGGCACCAAGGUUGGAAAUGAGUUUAUUCGUGGUGUUUCUGGUGGGGAGCGGAAACGAGUGUCUAUCAUCGAGUGUCUUGCGACGCGCGGCUCGGUCUAUUGUUGGGAUAACAGCACUCGGGGUCUAGAUGCCAGCACAGCACUCGAAUACACCAAAGCGAUCCGCGCCUUCACAGACGUCCUCGGCCUCUCCACCAUCGUCACCCUCUACCAAGCCGGCAACGGCAUUUACAACCAAUUCGACAAAGUUCUCGUGCUUGAUGGCGGACGACAGAUCUUUUACGGUUCGCGCGAGGAGGCACGUCCGUUUGCAGAAGAGCUUGGCUUCGUCUGCCAAGACGGCGCCAACGUUGCCGACUUCCUCACCGGCAUCACGGUUCCGACCGAACGUAAGAUUCGCAAGGGGUGCGAGAAUACGUUUCCCCGAAAUGCUGAGGCACUGCAAAAGGCAUAUGAAGAGUCGCCUAUCUACACUAGGAUGGUGUCCGAGUAUAACUACCCUUCUACGGCCGCGGCAAAAGACAGCACAAAACUAUUCCAAGAGGGCAUCUCGGUCGAAAAGGAUCGUCAACUAUCUGCCAAGAGCCCUCUGACAGUGGGUUUCAUUCCCCAGGUCAAAGCAUGCGUUAUCCGACAGUAUCAAAUCAUCUGGGGCGACAAAAUCACCUUCUUCACCAAGCAGCUGAGCGUUCUACUCCAGGCCAUCAUCGCUGGGUCUCUCUUCUACAACGCCCCGAACACAACAGCUGGACUCUUUGUCAAGUCGGGGGCUCUGUUUUUUAGCAUCAUGUUCAACUCGCUGCUCGCCAUGUCCGAGGUUACAGAUUCAUUCACCGGCCGCCCGGUCCUUGCUAAGCAUCGGUCAUUUGCCCUGAUUCACCCUGCUACCUACUGCCUCGCCCAAAUCACCGCAGACAUACCAAUUAUCUUGUUCCAGAUCUCGGUGUUUUCCGUCAUCGUGUAUUUCAUGGUUGGCCUAACGGCGGCUGCGAAAUCAUUUUUUACAUUUUGGAUCAUCUUGGUGACUACAACAAUGUGUAUGACAGCCCUUUUCCGAUCUAUUGGUGCCACCUUUUCGACAUUCGACAAAGCUACCAAGGUCUCUGGAUUGGUUAUCAUCGCGACAGUUCUAUAUAACGGAUACAUGAUUCCGAAACCAAAGAUGCAUCCGUGGUUUAUAUGGAUUUUCUGGAUCAACCCUCUCUCAUACGCGUUUGAAGCACUCAUGUCGAAUGAGUUUCACGACAAAGUCAUUCCUUGCGUCGGACCCAACUUGGCUCCCGUAGGUCCAGGAUACAACGACACGGAUCACCAGUCCUGUGCUGGUGUCAUGGGUGCGAUUCCUGGACAGACAUCUGUUUUGGGCGACAAUUAUCUUCAGGCAAUGUCAUACAACCAUUCGCAUCUCUGGAGAAACCUGGGGAUUCUGUGGGCCUGGUGGGCGCUGUUUGUGUUUGUCACUAUUGCCACGACCUCAAAUUGGCGUUUCUCGGCACCGGGAGGCUCACCCCAGCGCAUCCCCAGAGAGAAGACCAAAAUUGCUGUGGCCCCCAUUGUCGAUGAAGAGUCGCAGAGUCCAGAGAAGGGUCGCGGACCCACUGAGAACGUAACAUUGAGUGAACAAUCUGAUAGCACCGCGGUAGUGGAUGGUGCUCUUGUGCGAAACACAUCCGUCUUUACCUGGAAGAACCUCUACUACACUAUUGGGACGCCUAACGGGGAGAGGACCCUUCUGCAUAACGUACAGGGUUGGGUGAAGCCAGGAAUGCUCGGCGCCCUAAUGGGAGCGUCAGGCGCGGGUAAAACAACACUACUCGAUGUUCUUGCACAGAGAAAAACCGAGGGUACAAUCAAGGGAUCAAUCAUGGUCGACGGCCGACCUCUUCCGGUUUCUUUCCAACGCUCAGCCGGGUACUGCGAACAACUCGAUGUCCACGAACCGUUUGCGACAGUCCGCGAGGCUUUGGAAUUCUCAGCUUUAUUGAGGCAACCCCGUGACGUGCCACGAGAAGAAAAGCUCCAAUACGUCGAUACCAUUAUUAAUUUGCUUGAGCUUGGCGACCUCGCUGAUACGCUUAUCGGUACCGUCGGAAAUGGUUUGUCGGUGGAACAGAGGAAACGUGUUACCAUCGCCGUGGAGCUUGUAUCGAAGCCCAGCAUCCUCAUCUUCCUCGACGAGCCGACUUCAGGUCUCGACGGACAAUCGGCUUUUAAUACGGUGCGGUUCCUCCGAAAGCUAGCCGACGUCGGUCAGGCUGUGCUUGUAACCAUCCACCAGCCCUCCGCCCAGCUCUUCGCACAAUUUGACAGCCUCUUGUUGCUAGCGAAGGGGGGCAAGACUGUCUACUUUGGUGACAUUGGAGAUAAUGCAGACACGGUCAAAUCCUAUUUCGAUAAGCAUGGCGCGACCUGUCCCCCAGAGUCCAACCCUGCCGAGUUCAUCAUCGAUGUUGUUUCGGGCCACUUGUCGCAGGGUAGAGAUUGGGCAGAGGUUUGGUUAACCUCCCCAGAACACGAGGCUGUUGAAACUGAGCUCGAUCGAAUUAUCUCAGAGGCGGCUGCAAAACCACCAGCAACAGUGGACGACGGCCACGAAUUCGCGACGCCAAUGUGGGAGCAGAUCAAGAUUGUAACACACCGGAUGAAUGUGUCGAUAUUGCGCAACACGGACUACAUCAACAACAAGUUUGUUCUACACAUUUUCUGCGCGUUAUACAACGGCUUCUCGUUCUGGAAGAUUGGCGACUCCCUUAGCGACCUGCAGCUGCGUCUCUUCACUGUUUUCAACUUCAUCUUCGUCGCACCAGGCGUUAUCAACCAGCUGCAACCGCUCUUUAUCGAGCGCCGCGAUAUCUUUGAGACUCGCGAAAAGAAGUCAAAGAUGUACUCGUGGGUUGCGUUUGUCACCGGUCUUAUCGUGUCUGAGAUCCCCUACCUUAUUAUUUGCGCCGUGCUCUAUUACGUGUGCUGGUACUACACUGUUGGGUUUCUUACUGAGAGCUCUCAAGCCGGCGCUACGUUCUUCGUCAUGCUCAUGUACGAAUUCAUCUACACUGGCAUCGGACAGUUUAUCGCAGCCUACGCGCCCAAUGCGGUCUUUGCCUCCUUGGUCAACCCCUUCCUCUUGGGCACGCUUAUUAUGUUCUGCGGUGUGCUUGUUUCAUAUGAUCAGAUUACACCAUUCUGGCGCUACUGGAUCUACUGGAUGAAUCCGUUCAACUACCUGAUGGGCAGCCUACUUGUCUUUGAUGUCUGGGACCAGCCGGUGAACUGCGACAGCCUCGAAUUCGCCGUCCUCAACCCACCGAAUGGUUCCACCUGUGGCGACUACUUGUCGUUUUAUCUGUCUAUUGAUGGCAUGGGCGCUGUCAGUAACCUCGUCAACCCAAACGCAACGGCUGAGUGUCGCAUCUGCCCCUACCGUGACGGCAGCGACUACCUGAAGACAUUGAAUCUCAAGGAAUACUACUACGGAUGGCGGGACGCUGGUAUUGUUGUGAUUUUUGUUCUCAGCUCGUACUCGCUUGUGUACAUGCUGAUGAAGCUGCGAACAAAGACGUCCAAGAAGGCUCAAUAAAUGGUGCGUUAGACGGGUGGCAUGAGAUUGGCCAUACAUCCACACUUCUCUUUUUGUUUUGUGUCAACUAUAGGGCGUUCUUCAUUGUCGCAGGCCCUACACACAUGUAUCAUAAUAUUUGAUGGUCGUUAAAGGAGACUCCUGGGAUAUUAGAUUAGAUCUUAAACUUAAUUCACAAUGCUCGC